AUGAAGAAUGUCACGGAAGUUGUAAACGUGUGCACCUCUCACUGUCUUGGCUCUGAGCUCCUCCUCCUUCCUCUCUCUACUCUCGGUCAGAGCAACCCCACCUCUCAGUCAGAAGCUGCCCUGGAAGAGACAAGACUGCCUGCGGGGAAGAUAUCAAAAGAACUAGCCAGUGGGGUGUCUCUGCUGAGAGAAAACAGAUUUAGGUGGCAGCAGAACACUCAAGAGACACCUUGGAAUAUGGGAAAUCAAAAUAUCAAGCAGAGAACAUCCAGGUGCUGGGACGGUCAUACGGCUGAAGGUUGUGCCUGCUUUCCAUGGAAAAAAAUACACAUUUUCAAAGGAAAGAAAAACUCCCUAAGAGAAAAUGAAGAAAUAUCAUCUGCUCGUAUCCAGACCUCUGCUAACCGUAUCUCCAUGGAGGAUCUCUGCUACACCGUUAUCAAUCACAGUAUCCCCCGAAUGCCUGCAGGAGAUUCCACUGAGGGGUUCUAUGAGAACGUUUCCCCCAAAGCGGUGAAGGUACUGGGAAGAAUGGAGACUGAGUACUCACUCCUUCGUGUGACUUCCACCCCGAAACUUACAUCCUCCCCAGAAAAUGAAUAUGAACUUCUUGGGCUGGACAGAAUCUAUUCUCGCUCCCUGCAACAGCCUAACUUCCUCUGA